CUCGUGUAUCUCCCGUGUUUUUAACAUGUUUUCAUCACGCUGCGUUGAAGAGAGUCUGUGCUCGAGCUGGUUCAUGUUCUUUGACCUAAACGGCUUUGUUAAACUCUAUAUGUGUGUGUCAAGUCUUCAUGACAAACGCAGAGACGUCGGGCACAGCUGUCAACUGCUGCUGCUGCUUCAGAGGAUUAACAUUUGCUAAAGGUGGCUAAGCUAGCUAAUAAUAACACUGUCAGUGACAAGUUUACGCGAAAGCUGACAAGUUCUGGACACAUUUUUGCACUCUGGAAACUGUUACAGAAAUGCAAGUCAAGGAUUUAUUGGUGUCUGCUCCAGGGAAGGCGAUCCUCCACGGAGAGCAUGCGGUUGUGCACGGAAAGGUGGCUCUUGCUGUGAGUUUGAACCUGAGAACAUAUUUAUGUUUGAAAGGCACCACUGCUGGCAAUGUUUGCAUCAACCUCCCAAAUAUUGACACAUUCCUCUGGUGGGACCUGUCAGAACUGAAGCAGCUUAUUCCUUAUUGCUGUGGUAAGAGGGAGGAGGUGAAACGUCUGGAUGCUGAACUUGUGAAGAGACUGCGUGAAUUUGUUGGUGUCACCAAUGGAAACUUGGAUACUUGCAACAUGGCCACCCUAGCCUUCCUCUACAUCUACCUGUCAGUGUUUGGAUCAGGUGAGCUGCCCAGCUUGACGGUGACUGUGUGGUCUGAGCUGCCAACGGGAGCAGGACUGGGCUCAAGUGCUGCCUACUCUGUGUGUUUAAGUGCAGCUCUGCUCUGUGCGAGUGGGUCCAUCCCCGCUCCUCUCAAAGAGUGGGAUCACACUGCCAGGUGGUGUCAGGCGGACCUGGAGCAGAUCAACAGCUGGGCUUUCCAAGGGGAGACGAUCAUCCAUGGGAAUCCUUCUGGAGUAGACAACGCUGUAGGAACAUGGGGUGGCAUGCUGAGAUUCUUGGCCGGGAAGAUAAUUCCACUGAGCAGGGUGCCGUUAUUAAGAAUCCUCCUCACUAACACCAAAGUACCGCGUAGCACCAAGGUACUUGUUGCCGGGGUGAAGGACAAGAUUAACAAGUUUCCCUCCAUCGUGAACCCGGUGCUUGACUCAGUUGAUGCCGUUUCCUGCACUUGUGAGAAAGUCCUCUCAGAGAUGACCUGUGAGCCCAUCACUGGAGAGCACUACAAUAUUCUAGAGGAGCUCAUUGACAUCAACCAGCACCAUCUGAAUGUGAUGGGUGUGGGUCACCCGUCCCUGGACACACUGUGCCGGGUCACGUUGACUAAAGGGCUCCAUAGCAAGCUAACCGGCGCAGGGGGAGGAGGCUGUGGCAUCACUCUUCUGAGACCAGAAACGGACUCCUCUGUUGUCCAGACUACAGUGCAGGACUUGAAAGACUGCGGCUUUGACUGCUGGGAAACCAGUAUUGGCGGGCCGGGUGUCCAGCAGCAUUCUCCUCUCUCUGUUAAGGAGGAAGUUCUGGAGAUUUUAAACCGUUACUGAACAAGAGGACACUUUGUCUUCUUGUUGCUUUUACCUCAAGACCUGAGGUAUGCUCAACUAAUGAAGAGGGGAACGUCACACUGAGUGGAGCUGGACUGAGCUUCCUGAACUUUCCUGACAUGAAACAAUCUAAUCCUUUUUGAAACUAACAACAAGGCAACUGUGUCUCUAACAAAUGACUAAUAUUCAUUUUGAAAUGUGGGAAAAUGAUGAAAAAUGUUGUAUGUAUGUAUUGAGUGCUUUGUCCACUAGAUGGCAUCAGAAUUGCACAAAUGCUUUUUAUGAAACAGAAACAUUUUAUGGUAAGAGACUCUGAUAAAUUGAUAAAUAUAUAUAAGUGAAGCGCUGGCAGAAUUCAUUUAUAGCUUCAUCGAAAUGUUAAACGCAAAGGGGCCAACGCGUCUUACUGGAUCAGAUCAUUCAUUGCUCACUUUUGGCGUUGUAACAUGCAAUGUUGGAAGAUAACCGCUAGAGUGAAGGUGGUUAUUUUACAGAAAAUGAAGAUGGAGAAAAUGUUUGAUAAAUGUAAUUGUUUUAUGAUUAUUAUUCAGAUUUUGUCUUUCUACAAAGAGGUUUAUCAAAGUAUCUGAGCUUUGAUAUUUCUCUGCUUCAUAAUCAAUGUUGGUGAGACCAGGAAAUGAUCAUUUCUGUGAUAAGAACUAUUUGCAUCUAAUGUAACACUUUCUUAUGAGUUAUCAUAAAUACAGAUGUAUGCUGCUUUGAAUCCACAUUGUUUUAUUUUGAUUUACUUUUAACAUGAAAGCAAAUACAAAAUAAUGCUGAAAACAAACUACCUUAUAUCUCUCAAAAAUAAUAUGAAUUUUAGGGUUUGGUAACUUUUAAAAUUUCAAAAUAGUACAUGCGACGCAUGUUAGUUUCUGCAGUUAAAGACCAACUAGCUGUUUUGUUUUGCUGGUGGGGAGAGGGGGACAGCAGGAGUGUGUGGCCUCUCUGGAGCCUCUGGAUUAGUGCCACGAAAAUGUGAAUCAACAACCAGCGUCCUUCUGUGAGUCACACAUUUGUGCUGACACACACACACACACACACACACAC